CCAUACCAAACCCCCCUCCAUCCCUAUCAAAUUGUUCACUAGAGAGCAGUGCCAAAAUUGAUGGCCUCCAAGGUUGAAGCUGAAGUGGAGGUAAAGUCCCCUGCAGACAAUUUUUGGGGAGCCCUAAGGGAUUCCACAGCUCUCUUCCCCAGGAUCUUCCCUGAACAGUACAAGAGCAUCGAGACUGUUGAGGGUGAUGGGAAGAGCGCCGGCACCAUCCGGCUCCUGAAAUAUGCUGAAGGGGCUCCGAUUGUCACAUUCGCCAAGGAGAGGGUCGAGGUGGCUGACGAUGGAAACAAGCUGGUGUCGUAUAGUGUGAUAGAUGGGGAGCUGGUGAGCUUUUACAAACCCUUCAAGGUUACUCUUCAGGUGGUUCCAAAGAGUGAUGGUGGCUUGGUCAAGUGGUGGCUCGAGUACGAUAAGGUAAACGAAGAGGUGCCCCAGCCGGACUUCAUCCUGGGGACUGCAGUCAAGACCUUCAAAGACCUGGAUGCUUACCUCCUCCAAAAGUAAAUGUCCAAGUGGAGUUAUUGGAUGGGCCGCUUGUGUUGGAAGCAUCUCUAUGAUAGAUAGCCUUGUGAUGCAUGACGCUCUUGUAGCUUAUGGGUCCUUGGUGUUUGGUUUUCUGCUACCCUCUUUGAAGCAUCCAUCUUUUCUACCCAAAAAAAAAAGUAUCAAUUUUCUUUCUUCUUAUUAAAUAACAGUAAGCAAAGUUCAAUUCCUA